CCAGGAUGCCUAGGAUUUCCCAGGCUGUUUUGCGAAAACAUGGCGGGGAAGUUGUGAAUGUCAGCAGGAAGGUAACCUGGCAUUUUAAUUCAAGUAAAAAAAAAAAAAACAGAAAGAAGGUGUGCCUGACUUGAUAUCCGCCUAAGACGCUGUGUAAUGUGACUGUGGAUUUCAUAUCGUGUCUACCCUGGGUGUGUGUUUAUUACGAAGCUUUGAUAGUUGUCCUGAAGUUGCAGUUUUCUGUGAACAUGAUUUGUACUUUUCUACGAUCUGUACAAUAUGCGGAGAAGCUGCAUGGGUUCUCCGGAAAGAGGUUGUUGUUGCCACACUUUGUGCUCACUAAAGCUUGCUUAAAGACUCAGCCUUUGAAAUGGGGCCUGCAAGAGCAGAAAAAAAUGGUGCAGCCUAGAUAUGUAGUCAGGCUUACCCAGAAAACCAUCUGGACUCAAGGACCCCAGAGAGCAAAGGAGGACAGCAGCAAGCAAGUAUCCAUUCGCAGAAGUCAAAAAGAGGAAACUGCUGUUUCAACGUCUCAGAAAGUGAAAGAAGCUGGAAGAGAUUUCACCUACUUAAUAGUAGUGCUCUUCGGAAUCAGCGUUACAGGUGGUUUGUUAUACACAAUUUUCAAAGAACUUUUUUCUUCAUCCAGUCCUAAUAUUAUAUAUGGGAAAGCCUUAGAAAAAUGCAGAACACAUCCUGAGGUGAUUGGUGUCUUUGGUGAGCCCGUUAAAGGCUAUGGGGAAAUGACAAGACGUGGGCGGAGGCAGCAUGUCAGUUUUAUUGAGUACGCAAAGAAUGGGCUAAAGCGCAUUCGUGUGAAAUUCUACAUUGAGGGCUCUGAACCAGGGAAGCAUGGAACAGUGCAUGCAGAAGUGGAAGAGAACCCAAAGAAUGGCCAGUUUGAAUUUCGGUAUGUAUUUGUGGAAGUGGAUUCUUAUCCUGCAAGACCAAUUGUCAUUGAAGAUAAUCGAUCUCAGAUUAACUCAGAGAGUUAAGAGAAUGGAGCCAGGUGUGGAAGGAUUCAGCCUCACUGUGAUCUUCACCGUUCUCUUCCAGAAUCUGUUCAGAAGAACAAGACUAGAAAAAAGCAUCACACACAAAGUGAGUGGAAUAAAAGAGUUUGUGUGUUAAGACAAACCAAAUUGGAGAUUUUUCUUGUGAAAAAUCAUGGAAUGGAGCCAUUUUACAGUAUCAUGUUGAAUUGUCAAUCAUGAUGGUAUUUCAGCUCUACUUUCAUCAUGAGAAUUUUUUGUUACUGAAAUUUAUACAUCACGUAAAUAAAACAUUUCAGUAUUUUAUGCUUUUUAAUAUAUGAUUUUUAAACAGCAUGCAGAAUAAAGUUAAAACUAU